AUGAUCGAAGCCGCUAUUCCAGCAUCUUCAUUCAAGAUCAGCGAACUCUCGGAUAAUCCGAGUCUCAGAAUUACUGCUUCGUCCCUUUCCUCUAACAACCAAUUAUUCUUGGGCCUAUCAGAUGGCAAGCUCUUGCUCUUUCAACUCCCUACCAAGCAGGAUGUCGUUAACGAAAAGUCACAGGAGUCUGGCACAGGUACACUAGAUUUCUCUAAAAUUGAAGAAGAGGAGCCUACUCUUAUCAAUAGUUUACAACUAGAAAAUCCAGUUACUCAAAUCGAGUAUCUAGAGUACUUGAACUACCUUGUGCUUCUCAGUAACAAAACGGUGCAAAUUUAUUCCAUAAACUCCAAACAUCAAUUGAAAUUGGUAGAUAGCUUCCAAGAGUUUAACUUCAAUCUUAUAAAAACGUGGUCUGACACCGAUAGUAACGCUAUUCUUGCCAAUUCAUCCUUUUCUGGCAUUGAUAUGGGGGGUGACAUUAAUGAGGAAGACAGCGAAUACGAUAACCAGGAUGAAGACUCUAUAUCACUAGCGACUGUGAAAUUUCAAAAUAGACCCAAAACUGGUACCGAAAAAAAGUUCAUAGAAACCCAUUCCAACUGCCAUUAUCUUUGCAUGGUGUCUAAACGGAAUCUGGUAGUACUCAGAUGGGGGUUGAAAGACUUCGAAACUAAGCUCGAGUUCAAACUAUCUGACAAAAUAUGCCUUCUACAAUUCCUCAACUACGAGACGCUUUUGAUAGCACUGGAAAGUGGUGAUUUUGUGAAGAUGAAUAUCAAUACAGGAAUAACGAACCCGAUACAGUUUCAGUUUCUUAGUGGCAACGGUAAUCUUUCAUCAAUAUCAAAAUCCUCCUUUUUUUUUGGAGCCACUAAUAACUCCAUUACGGAAGCAUUCAAAACCGUAAAUGAUAAGCAAUUGGUUGUACUCAAAGAUGGUAAUUUGAUCAAAAUGAACAAUAGCUUGGAACCAAUAACGUUUCAUCGCAGUUGCCAUUCCAUUGACUUUAAGAAUCCAAUGCCGGUAAGUCAAUAUUCUACGGCUGCUGCUAGAAGUGGUAGCCAGAAUAAGCUCAAGGCUGUCAAGUACUGGUUUCCUUACAUUGUUGUAGUGUACGGAAAUUCAAUAGAGAUUCACAACUUGGAAGACUUCAGUCUGGUACAACGGCUAGGAGUAUGGAAUCCUAAAAAGCUAGGAAAUGUGCUGAGGGUAGAAAUAAACUCAAAGAACAUGCUUUUAAUUACCACCAAUGGUGUAUUCAAAUUUCUAAGGACUAACUACAACUACCAGCUAUCUCAAUUUGAAGAAAUUAAGGAUUUCAACAAUGCUAUCUGCCUACUUGAGAAGUUAAACCCCAUAAUUCUAGACGAGGGUGUCGAGGAUAAUAUAAUUCAAACCGUCGAACAUAGCCAUUCGGCAAGGCAGCUUAAGUUCAUGAAACUUCGGAAAUUUCAGCUAUUAAAGGCUCAGGAACUUUUAGAGACCGGUAAAUUCGACCAAGCAAUGAGGCUAUUCAUUGAAUUCAUUGCCUCGCCUAGCUAUGUUCUCCAGCAUCUUCCAGAAAGGAUUAAAGAAUUUUUAAAGGAGAAGAAUUUUGAACUACUUCUUGCAGAGGCAACAAAUGAUAUAAACGGCACCAAAGAUGUCAAGCCAGAGAUAUCUACCAUGACAUCUGAUGCUCAGUCAGUUACACGAAGACAAAUUUCAGGGCUACACAUCAAGCGCAAAGAUGAAAAGAUGCUCAAUGAACUUAUAACAUACUUGACCGAUUCAAGACGAAAACUCACACGGUUGCUCGAUCCAGAUCAACCGAAAUUCCAAUGGCAUGGAUACACCAUAUCGCUAUCCCUUUACGAAGAGCUUCAAACGGACUCGGAUUUAUCAGCCACAGACAAUUUAAGAUUAAUAGAUGAUCACUUGCUUGUCUGCUAUAUUAUUACUAACCCCAGAAUGAUUGGCCCGUUUUUCAGAAUCCCCAAUUACUGCAGUUUUGAAGCCGUUGAGGAUAAAUGUCUGAAAUUGAAAUUGCAUAGCGAAUUAAUCGACUUCUAUUAUGUUAGAGGAGCGCACGAAAAGGCUUUGCAACUUUUAGAAAGGCUUUGUUUUGAAAAUCAAGGAAUAGAUAACCUCGAUGACAGAAACAGCUCCCUAUCGCUGAUAUUCAAUGCCGAGUACAUGGUACGGUACUUACAGAAAUUAACCAACAAGAAUCUCGCCUUGAUUCUAAAGUAUUCACGCAAGUUGAUUGAACUAGAUUCUGGCUACUUUAAAAUGAUUUUUAUGAAUAACUCUAGCGAAUCCGUGGGAUUGGACAGGCUUAAUGUACUUUCCUAUGCUCAAAGGCAUAACUGGACUGAUGUUCGCAUACCAUAUCUUGAGUAUGCUAUUUUUGGGUUAGAUGAUCAUGAUGAAAGGCUUGUUAAUGCUUUGCUGGGAUUUUAUUUCGAUCAAGAUCUCUCAAGAAUUUACAACUCAGUUUACAAAUUGUACAAAUUGGGUAAUUACAAUACAGGAAAGACCCUGAAGAGGUUGAACGAUUUGGAAAAGUCUUCUCUUGAUGAUAAACAGAAAAAAUUGAUUUUGAGGUUGAAGAUAGACCCGCUCCGCAGGCUGGCCAGACACGAGGACGCUUUACAUAUAUUUUUGGAUGAUUUGAACGAUAAUAGAGGCGCAGUGACGUACUGCUUAGAUGUACGAGAUGAGAAUCCGGAGAAAGGAGUCAGUCUCAUUUACAAGCUUUUGACGAUCUAUCUGGAUGGAGGAGACACUGCUUCCAUUCUGAGUUUUCUUAAUGAUGUAAGAUUGAGCUUUUUGGAUCCUGCAUCCAUCACCGAAAGACUUCCUGAUACGAUUCCUCUCAAAAUUAUUACACCAUUUUUGGAGAUGAACUUGAGAAACAUCAACUCGGAUAUGAAAUCUACCACGUUAGAAAGCGAGUUGUUGAAAUCCCGCAUGAUCAACUCUAAAUACAACAAACUUCGGCUACAAAAUGAGCAUUUCACACUCACUGCCCAUUCAACCUGUCCUGUGUGCCAAAAGACAUUUGGUGCCACUUCAAUUCUAAAUCUACUUCCAGACGGGACAGUGAUUCAUUACGGUUGCUCACGCAACAUGAAGUAG